UAUGGUGGAAGAAGUGCACCAUGAACAUCUGCAAUAACAUAAUGAGUAGCAUGAGGAGACACUAAACAGGUGAUACACUCUUUACAGAUAUGUAGUUGCACACGACAGCUAAAAAUUGCAUUUUCCUUGCAAAGCCAGCGGCGCAAAUGCGGGCAGGACUGCACACUCAACCACGUAGCUGGCAAAUUCUAUAAUUGCAGGGAACAGGGUUAUACACGUUAUUCCACCAUAGUGUUUGACCGCACAUCCUAAUGUAAUUUUUAAGAAACAAGCACAAGGUCCCUUUGUACAUUCGGUCAGGGUCCAAUGAUGUUCUUCUGAAGCCCAAAAGAACAGAAAAUGUGUGUUUCUUUAUGAGGUGAUAUGUCCAUGUUUUUAACUUAUCCAGUUAUAAUUCACAUGGUCAAACAUUAGGUAAAGCAAGUCCAAAGGAAAGAUCACGGAAUUUCCUGCACCACUGAUGUCUGACAUAAAGACCCAUGAUCGCAUAUGUAUACACACAAAAGAUAAGUUUCUUUCAAAAAACAUCUAAGGUAACAUAUCAAAACCGACAAGGGGUUUAUUCCAAGUAAAAUUGUAGUGAUCAGCACAUUCAAACAACAAAACCAGCAGUCACACCGAAAAGAAAAGUAAAUGGCUAUUCUGUUUGCUGAGAAAGGUAGUCCAUGAUAGUCUAGAUGAUAGCAACCAACCCAACAUUUUCAAACUUCCUAGAAACAUCUCUCUUUGACUACUUCCAAGAUUCCCACUUUCCCAGUAGCUUCCUGUGGAAAAAGGAGCGCAAACAAAAUGCUUGACUGGCUCUGCCUCAGUUCUGAUGUGCAUUGUCCAAGGCAACUCAUCCACUUCUUUGCUUCCAUAUCCCAGUUCUAUAGUUCACUACAGCAAUGGAUCCCCUUCCCCUACACACAAUCAUCUGGCUUGUUUGUUGGUCAUUUUGGUUAUUCCCGUUCUGUGCAUCAUCCGGCAGCCACCUUCUUCCCGACAAGCCGCUUUCUGUUGGAAGCACCAUCACCUCCGAUGACGGCACUUUUGCCCUGGGAUUCUUCUCCCUGUCCAGCUCCAGCACAAAACAUUACUACGUCGGCAUAUGGUACAAGAACAUACCCGAAGACAACUUUGUGUGGGUUGCCAACCGUGCUAUGCCCAUAACUGAUCCUUCUUCUGCAACACUCGCGUUCACAAGCGGAUCCAAUCUCGCCUUGUCAGACACCAAAGAUACGCUUCUCUGGACGACAAACAUCAGCGCUGCAGGAAAUUCAUCGUCAGAGGCAACUGGUGGAAAAGCCAUGCUUGAUAACAAUGGGAAUUUUAUCCUUCAGUCAUCACAUGGCACCAUCAUAUGGCAAAGCUUCGAUUACCCGACCGACACUCUCCUUCCACGUAUGAACCUCAGGAUCACCCACAAGACGCAUGCACUACAACGGCUCAUCUCUUGGAGAAGCCCCCAAGACCCGUCCCCAGGCAACUUCUCAUAUGGUGCAGACCCUGAUGAGUUUCGACAGCGUUUUAUAUGGAAUGGCUCAACCCCAUACAUGCGAGGUUCGAUAUGGAACAACAAUUUGGUAGUUGGACAGUAUGUCGAGAGUAUCAAGUCCACAAUUUACUAUAGACUGCAACCUAUUGAUGAUGAGGUCUACGCUUCCUUUGGACUGCCGCCACCAAGUGUCGCAUUACUGCAAAUGAAGAUUGACUACUCAGGCAAGAUAAAAACACGAGUCUGGAAUAGCAACAAGUCCAAAUGGACUGACCUGUGGUCAGGACCUAACCACGAAUGCAACAAAUUUGGUUAUUGUGGUCCAUUUGGUUACUGCGACAACACACUGCCUAUUGUGACAUGCAAGUGUCUUGAUGGCUUUGAGCCAAACAACAAACAAGACUGGACGGCCAGCAGGUUUUCACAGGGAUGUCACCGAAUGGAAGCACUUACAUGUGGUCAAGGGGAUGGCUUCUUAAAUAUGUCAACCAUGAAGGUUCCCAGCCAGUUCUUGUAUGUCAAGAAUAGAAGCUUAGAUGAAUGCAUAGCAGAAUGCACCAGCAACUGCUCCUGCACGGCCUUUACUUACACCAAUAUGAGCAUUGAUGCUAUCAAUGGGGAUGAAACUAGGUGCCUAUUAUGGACCAGAGAUUUGAUCGACAUGGAGAAGCUCAUUGGACAAGGGGAAACCCUCUAUAUCCGAGUUAACGGAUUGAGUGGUACAGUUUACUGUUUCUGCUUCUCUGCUUGUGCUGUUAGAUAUACUCCUCUAUUUGCGGGUCCAGUGGAGCUCCAGUAAUAUCCUCUAGAGUUAUAUGUACAAUGUGAGUACAAGAUAGGUUUAAGUUAGUAGUGGCGGGCAAAUAUUAGAGGGUAAAGACUUUAUAAUGCCAUUAUGAUAGAACAGUUUGGUGUAACAUAUAUGCAGCGUGUGAAUCACUACAAUCUUUUUUAUACGAAAAGACAAUAGCUUAUUCAAUUGGA